ACAGCUUCUAAGAAACAGGACUUUUUCGCUUCAGUUAGAUUUAGAAGUUAACUUCAGGACAAGUAAUGGAGUCGGACCUGACUGACGGGAAAACUAGACGCGGUGGUAGAAAACACCACAACAUCGUCAGCGACAAAUGCCUACUACUUACUCCUAUGAUCAACAGCUGCAAGUUGCACCUUAUGACAGCCAAAACACUGUUAGCGAGAAACCUGCAAACGAUGUCUGAUUCUCAAGAUUCCAAUAAACAAACAAACAUCAGUACCACACAAACAGCUGGUGAUUCUAACCCAGAAAGUGAGUUACAUUCCAACAAUAAAACCAGUGACAACUCUGUCCAGCAUUUAGUACGGCUAUCUGGUGCUGCUCCAGUUUCUCAUUGUCCAAAUGAAGCUAGAGGCAGAUUAAGUAGAAUGCCUCACAGUGCAGAGAUCACUUGCCAUCACAUGUGCCUAAAGCAUCUCAAGCCAGUAGGUUCUCAAGGGUUUAAUUACAGAGCUUCUUCGGGUUUCACCUGCACCCAGAUAACUUCUGCUGCCAGUUUUCAACGCAUAGACCUGGACAGGCGUUGUCUGGAGGAAUUCCCUAAAGUGGGUUUUAUUGAAGAACUCCGACUUCUCAACCUGCAGCACAAUCUAAUUACCAGGAUUCCGCAUUUGUUGCAUCUGCAGCAGCUCACCGUCUUGAACUUGCAUGAUAAUCACAUCUCUGAUAUGAAUGGUAUUGAAAAUCUCAGCUCUCUCCGGGUUCUGACGCUGGGAAAGAACAGAAUUCAUAAAAUUUGCUGCUUGGAACGCUUAUACAAACUGAGUAUCCUGGAUUUGCAUGACAAUCAGAUCAGGAAGAUAGAGAAUAUAUCUCACCUGAGUGAACUCCAAGUUCUGAACCUGUCCUGUAAUCGCAUCUCAAGUGUGGAGAAUUUGCAGGGCCUCAGCUCGUUGACUGAACUCAACCUGCAGUACAAUUGCAUCUCUGUGGUGACUGAGGUGGACCGCCUGGCCGGCUUGCAGCGUCUCUUUCUCAGCUGCAACAACAUCCACAGUUUUGAUCAGCUAGCCUGCCUUGGAGAGUCACAGUCCAUUUCUGAGCUCACCCUGGAUGGGAAUCCUGUAGCCCUGGAGACAUGGUACAAGCAGGCCGUCCUGCGCUGUGUGCUUCACCUGAAACAGCUGGACAUGAAGCGCAUCACAGACGAGGAUCGGCGCAUGGCAGGUGUAUUGACUCGAAAAGAGGAAGAAAAGAAAAAGGAGAGUCACAAGCAGACAAUUCAUAAGGAGAAGCGUCGUCUAGCGAUCCGUAAUGCGGCCCAGCAGUGGGAGGGUGUCAAAGCCUGCUUGGAGCUGCCUCCAACAAACGGCUCUAAGGAGGACGCUAGUCCAGAGAACAGUCCUGCUCACAGCCCCGCGCAGACCAAUGGCCUUGCACAGGAGACGUCUCCAGAGGAACCAAGACGGAUAAGUCCAGGUUCAGGACCAGAACGACCAUCAGGCGGAACAGAAAACAGACUCCGCACCAACAGCCGACCUAACAGCCCUCGAGAUCCAAAACUUGUGGAGACAGGGAGUGGCAACGUUCAGAGCUUGUCCUUGUCUGACAGUCAUCUGGCGGAGCUUGAUGGAGACACCCUGCGUUUAUUUGGACUUGGAGCCCUGGAGGCCCUGGAGAGAGGCUGGGGUGUUCAGACUGCUGGUGCUGUCACCGUCAUCACCUUCCGCUUCAUUAACUAUGAUGCCAUCGUUCCCACACUUCCUAGGAUAAGAGUCAAGUUCCCAAAUCUGUCGCACCUGAUAUUUCUGGAAACCAACAUCAGCCGUCUCCCCCAGCUCGCUGCUCUGGCUCAGGUGAGGCGUCUGGACCAACUGACCAUUCAUCCAGAAGGAAACCCAGUGGUCGGUCUGGCUUUGUGGCGCUCAUUCAUCAUCUAUCGUCUCUACCACUUCAACCUUCAAAAAAUCAAUGGCCAGGAGGUGACCAUGAAUGAUGUAAUUGCUGCAGAGCGUGUAUUUGGGACACUGGGUCACAUAGCAGCCACCGAAACCCCACGUUGCCGGCUCCUAUUGCUGCUAGAAGAGUCCAGGAAAAGGCAGCUGCAGUUCUUGUUGGAGGGACGUGGUCGGCGGGCGGGGCUGAGUCCAGAGGAGCUUCGGGAUAAUGGGAAGCUCCUGGGUGAAGGCCUGAGCAGAGCGCUCUUUAACUAUCCAAGCAGAGACUGUAAUGCAGAGAGCCCUGAGGAGGGCACUUUGGAGUCAUCAGAGCGUGCCGCCGUGAUAGAACAAUACCUUCAGGAGUUGGUCAAAAGGGCGUCAGACACCAAUCUGAAGGGUGAGGCUUUACACAAGCUCUGGCCAUCCAUGUUUGCAGAGAUGGUGAGAGACUGCGUGUUGGAGAUGAGAGACAGAGGGGCCUUCCGCCAAGCCAGUCUUGCAAAGCUCACUGAGACCAAGUGAAAAGGACCAAAGGUUCACCCUAAGAUCACAUACACAUUACUAAAUGUGGACAUUGCUUCCCGCUGCUUUUUUUUUUUUUCCCCACGUCAAACUCCCAAUUCUUGACGCUUCAUCUCCUUCUGAUUUGAUCAGUUGUUAGUUGGAGGCCCUUUUGAGAUUGAGGAUUUAAAGAUGUCUGUAAAAUUGUCAGCACAUCUUGACUGAAUGUAGAUUUUCACUGAUUCCAUUCCUCAGAGUGUGGAGCUGUAUCAUGCCUAAGGAAGCUUACAAGGACUCACUGACUUGUGGUGCACUGACUUCCCUAAAAAAAAUACUCUGCACUUUAAAAGCUUUCUGAAUGAAUUCAUGCACCGUCCAGAGUCUCUUUUUCUGGAGAAUAGAAGGAUUUUUCUGUCUUCUAAUCAGCAUCAUGCAUUAUCUCACUUCGUCCUGAAUGACAUGAAAGAAAGGGCACAGACAAACACAUGGUCUUUUUUGUUUACUACUGACUUUCUGUAUUGUACUUAGUAUUAAAAGAUUCUGCAUUAGCACAAA